AUGCCCCCAAGAGGCUUCACGAAUCCUGCCCCUAAGACCGAGUCCGCGCGCUCGGCACUCAGCUCCUUCACCUGCACCCUCUGCAACAAAUCCUACUCGCGCCACCCAGAAUAUGAAGCACAUAUUUCCUCCUACGACCACCAGCACCGCAAGCGCCUGCAGGACCUGAAGCAGCUCUCGCGCGACCCCAACGCCGCCGAGAAGGCUCGUCGAGCGGAGCGCAAAGCCGACGCCGACGCCGGGCUGCGAGUCAUUGAUAAACCCGGGGAUACUGCGGCGUCAAACGAUGGGAAAACCGCUGGUGGUGGCAGAGGAGGUGGUGGCUUCAAGAAGGGGGGCUUCAAGAGCUCGUUCGCAACCGUCAAGGGCACCGUGGCACCUGCAUCUGUCACGAGGAAGAACGUACUCGGUGAUGACGGAGAUGAGGACGACUCAACGAAACUCGCAAAGGAUCAAUUGGCCUCAUCUAAACCUGCGGUGGGUUCAAAUCUCACUAGUGAUGCGGAGAGUGAUACCGACGAAGACUACUACGACCCUCGACGGCCAACGGACUGUUUCACCGGAUGUGCAAGCAUGCGGACAGCCUAA